AUGAGUUGGCCUAAAAGUCUAAUCUCUUCCGAUUGGGGAAGCACAACUGCUAUUGCGCCAAACGGCGAAAACGUUGUCGUAUUCGCAAAUAAAAUUUGUGAAGUUAAUCCAGAUGGCAAUUACACUCAAAUUGGAUUAGAAUGGCCAAAAAUUAUAGCAGCAACUACUAAUGGCAACUUCAUUUACGCUAUUUAUCCUGAUGGAUUCAUUUACAAGAUUAGUACUUCGUCUUACACUAGUGUUUUCAAAUGGGCUGAAGCAGGCGGUGGAUGGGAGAGAGCGAAAGCAAUAUUCGCUUACAAUGACCACAUUUACGUUGUCCGUGAUUCUAUCUGGGAAAUACGUCUUGACGGUACUUAUCAUAUGGUUCAGAAUGAUAACUGGGGGGCUACACGAUCUAUCACAGUAAUUGUCGAUUACGCGUAUUCGGUCCAUGAUAAUGGAAUUAUUUAUAAAAUUAAUUUGAAAGAUUGGACCUACAGAAUUCUUAGUAAGGGAUGGGCAAAAACAUUCCGAUUCCAAUUACUUACAUUAGAUAAUAAGUUGUUUGCUUAUGACGUAUAUCUUACAAUGGUUGAUACAAAUACUGGUUCGAAACAUGUUAUACAUAAAGAUAAUUGGAAUUCGAAAUUAGCUGGUUGUUCCACUGCUAAUGCAAUGUAUACAGCUUUUACUAGUGGGAAUCUUUGGAAAAUUACAAAAUCUUAG